AUGCGCUCUCCGCAGCCGCCCGCUGAAGGAAGGCGGGACCACAGGGGCCGGGCUGGCUUUUUUCUGUCCCCGCCCCUGCCCGACGUCGAUUGGCUGCACUGCGCGGAGGCGCCUCGUCCAUUGGCGAGCCGCAGCGUCCGUCCGGCUCGGCCGCCGCCGCCGCCAUGGUUCCCUUCAAGAACAGGGGAGGAAGAGGGCCCCCCCGCCGGGCCGGCCCCAGCCCCGGCUCCGGCUCGGUCUCUAGGUCCCGGUCCCGCUGACGCCGCGCUGUCCCGCAGGUACGUGCUGUGCGAGGUGGUUUCGGAGGACCCGCGGUGCCGGCAGUGCAUCGAGGACCGCGCCGUGGGCCUCGCCGUCAGGGACGCCAUCGGGCGGGUGCACGGGGACUACGGCCUGGCCUGCUGCUCCAUCUCCUUCACAGUGAAGUACCUGAACGCCUACACCGGGACCGUGCUCCUGCGGUGCCGCAAGGACUCCUACAGACUGCUCUGCUCCGCGCUCCCCUUCGUGAGGCAGCUGGAGAGCCGGAACCAGCGGUACCCCUGCUUCCUCAACACCCUGCACGUCGGAGGUACUAUAAGAACAUGUCAGAAAUUUCUAAUUCAGUAUAACAGAAGACAGCUGCUGAUGUUGUUGCAAAACUGUACAAAUGAAGAGGAAAGACGGUGUAUACAGAAGUCCUUGUUGAGCUGUUCCCUUACAGAAGAGCAGUCUCAAAGUGGAGACGAGGAAGAUGAUGAUGGCAUAGAGACAGACUGAAUGUUGUUACUGUUCACCUCUGUCCUGUACUUGUGUAAUCAAGGUGUUACCAGUUAUCUUCAGUGUUAAGCAAAGCAGGGGGGGGCAGAAAAAGAAUCUGUUCAUAGUUAGACUUCAUUACCCCAUUCCACAUGUUCUUAAAUAAAUAAAACCGUUUUACUUAAGUAGGUUACUUGCCUGUUUCAACUCCAGGAGUCAAAACCACCUGCACUCCUAAGGAGUGUAACAGCUUGAUGUGAUGUUCAUGCUGAGGUAGAAGUGAACUUCAGGCAGUUGGCAUGGACAAGGAAUGUAGUUAUUCUUCGAUACAGAAAAAGCAUUAACAUUUUAACUGCUUUUAACCUUAGCUUCAAGUGUACCCAUUACCCAUAGGGCUGUCUCUUGUUUUGAGUCACAAAAGCACCAUUUGUGUACACAGGAGCAGAGAUUACAGGGAAUGCAAGGUAGAGCUGUAGGGCUCAACUCCAUCCGACCCAUUAUAAAACUCAUAGGUACAAGUACUGCUUAGAUAUUUAUUAAGUUUACACCGAUCAGUUACAGGAAAGUAGCAUUGCUGGUA